AUGAAGUGGUGCUGUUUUCUGUUUUGGUUCGUAUACCGAGUUAUACUCGCUUGUCUGGCUCACUUCAAUUGGUUUGUCGCAGUUUACACGAAUUGCAUCUACUUCACGCUGUGGAAAAGUUAUGAUCUGCUGUGGUUCUGGAUGCAUCUUACUUUGUGUUCCUGUUUCCAAUCAUUACGCCGAGAGAACUACAUGGUGGUGUGGAGCAAUUUGAUUUGGAAGCGCUAUACGAAAUAUCCGGACUACACUUACAAGCAACUCUACUUUGCGCUAUAUGGCGGUAAAGCAACAAAAGCAGAGCGUGCUUUGGAGCGCUUGGACACUGUCGAAAAUAAGGAAAGAGAGCAAAGUAGGCUCAGGCCAGAAAUGGAUUCCUCUUCAUCGGAAGACGGAGGUAACGACAUAGACGAAAGCGACGGACAUGGCGUCAAGACGUGUGGGCCUCGCACUGCUAUUUCCGACGUGAUUGCCGAGGAAGAGGCUGAGUGCAGGAAGUAUGUUUAUAUUGGGCAAGCAGUUGAUUCGCAAGCAGACCUUAAAUCGAUGAGGUCGGAGCAGCGUCAAACAGACCCGAUAGAAAAUAAUCGUAUAGCGCCGGUGCGACCACCACGACCUUUAAAGGGAUCUUCUGCAAAUGAUUUAGCAGCAGCAGCAGCCAGUGACGCUGGAAGUUCACAUAUGGUGAAUUCUGUUAGCAAUGGCCCGAGUGCUCUGCAGAACAGUGUUGCUUUCAAGGACACCGUACCUGUUAGGCCACCUCCUAUUCGGAGUGAUAGCGAAGAAUCGAAGACAAGCGUGUGGGGACGAAUAGUUGAGAAGAUUCCAAAUCCUCUCAGAGUCAAGAACAAAGCUAAGGGUGUGCCUAAUGGAAAUGUGCUGGAUAUUUUGGCACCUAAUUACACGAACACCUAUGAUGUGUAUGAUGAGAAGAAGUUGGCAAAACGAGCGAGGCGGGAUCGAAAGGCGUUGACUCAGCGAGUGCGACGUCGUAUCCGAGAAGAAUUGAGAGAAGCAGCUCGCCUAGAACGGAGACGAAAGAGAAUCGCCGAUGCUAUUGAGCUGCUGCUUCAGCUUUUGAGAAUGAUGACAUCCUUCGCUGUCUUGGUGGGAAACAUACGGAAAACAUUCAUUCCGGCUCAGUUCAAGUACCUUAGACCAGGACAGCAAGCAUACGAUCAUUAUGAACUCCUUUUACUAUUCAGGCAAGCUUUGUGGAGUAUUUUGACGUGGAUGCUGGUGACAUGGGGAGAACACCUUGUCCCUGUUAAUAGAACAACAGCCCUGAGCACUGAUCGCUGCGCGCGUCACGACAAAGACGUCGGAGUGACGACAUUCCUCGAUGUCAGCAUGUUCUGGGCUAAUGUCAUGUGGGUGUACUGCCUCCAGUGGCACUUAUGUUGUCGUCUUGGAUUCGUAAGGUUUUGGGUGUGGUUAGCGAUAUUGUCGACGAUCGCGAUUGUUGUUAUGAUAGCUCCUAUGAGUUACGCCAUGAAUAAUAUGGAUUUAAGCUGGUGCCGCUUUCGACCUAACUCAACGUUAGAAAAGUAUCAGCCCAAAUGGUAG